AUGAAGGUUCAGUCGGCUUGUAUUAUACUUGCUCUAACUAUUGUAAGUUCAGCUGGACCCCCAAUCGAAUACGCUCUAUUUCAGGCGUUAGCUCCAAACUUUCAAGGUAGUGACGGUCAUCUAGAACGCCGCAUUUUAGAUUGCUUCUGAUAUUUUUAGAAGAAAUGGAGAAGAAAAUGGAAGCUCAUCCAGAACUGGAGAAACUAGCUGAAGAAGCCGAGAAAAAUCAUAUCAGGAAGCCUUUCUUCUUGGAGCAUCUGGAUGUAUUUGAAAAAUAUAUGAAAGAGAUCUUCAUCGAGAAUGGGAAUGAUCCAAAAUUGGCCGAUUUUGUCAUCGCUGUGAGGAAUAUUGCUAGUUUAAAUAUCCCGAAAAACAUCUGCAAAGCAAUUUUUUAUGAGAGUAAAAUCUCGAAAAAACUCAACACACCGUUCAUAAAUUUCAGAUCCUCCAGCUAGGAGCUGAUCAAGGAAGUUCUAAGGCUCCAAUUACGCCUGAAAUUCGGGCUAAAGCUCAAGCCGACUUCAGGAAAAAAUGGAUUGGUCUUGAUGAAGCCAGCAAGAACAAGAUCCGACAGGCUGUUCCCACUUUAGCCGCGACUAUGGAAAAACAGCAAGGCUAG